AUGAGUGCCGAUCAAAAUCCAGCUUCUCUUCGACAUUACAACAAGGCCAUCAGAGCAGUUCAAAAACUUGUUCUCGCAUCCAGUAAGAAAUCGCGCCAGAUGAUACUCACAUGCUGCUUGUUAUUCUACGCCAUUAAAGGAAUAAGGGGCGGAUUCGAAACUGGGGUCAAGCAUUUGAAAUCUGGCCUUGCUAUCCUAAACGAGUCAACUGCUGGAUCCAAUUUCAAGAUGAACGUGGCUGAGGUGCCAGAUGUCGACGAGGAUAUUGCAGGGCUGCUCUCUUCUUUGGAUAUAGUUUACAGCUACAUGAACAAUUUCUCAACGCCAUCUCUGGUGUUAACCACAAUUAACGAACAAAUUGGGAAGAAACGCUUAGUGCCCACGGUGUUCUCCAAUACCCGGGAAGUUCAAACCGUUUGCACAAAAUUGACGAAUUGGGCAUACCAUUUUGUAUUGGCAAUGAUUGAAGAUAGCUCAAAAGCAUACGAGGAACUUCCAGCUCUAAUGCAACAAGAACUGCGCUCCCUGCUACUGUCCCAUGAACAAGUGGAACAAGCGUUUUUUUUCCACCGCUUAGAAACUGGUAUAUAUCACAAGCCACGACCCAGCGAACUCAUCUGCGCGAAAGUUUGA